AUGCGAGAAAUUCAGGAUUCUGACGAUGAUCUCGACACUAUCGAGGUUGAUAUUCCGCCGCAACAACAGCAAAGCAAGCCCGUGCCACAACAGGAAGACAAGUCAUCUUCAGAGUCCUUGAGGAAAGCGCUACAGAAAGAGCAUCGGGCCCAAUUUCAAUCUCAAUCUAGUCAAUUGGAGACCUCUCUUUCUUUGUCUGAGAAUCCAAGCAAGAGGAGGAAAACAUCCGCAACACCUAGCUUACUACAGCCUGGGGAGUCCACGUCGCCAAAACAAAAUGGUCCCGUCACCAGUAGCAAAAGAUCGAAGUCGUACUUUAGCAGUCCGCUGCCCAGUGAACCUAAAUAUGUCGCGACCGAGAUUGAUCUUCGGUCUCCCCAUGAACCAGUUUGGAAUCUGGAGGGGACUACGCGUGAAAACUAUGCACACCAUGAACCCAUGGCUAUGUUUCCAGAACCAUCCAGCACUGUGGCAAAUACUACCCAGACGCAGCUACAUGUGCUGGAAAGGGUACGAGGUCCAGUCAUGCUGGGCCUCUCCUCCGAGGUCGACGCUCCCCGCAAUUUCUUUCCACCCGAACCCUCGGUACCGUGGUCAGAUCUAAUGAAACUUACACCGGGCGAUCCUCUAUGUCUCAGUGGAUCUUCUGAUCCUAUCUCAGAAUCGACAUCCGCAACUCCUAUUUGCUGGGAUGCAGAAGUAGAUUCAUCCGCUUCGCAAAAAAGCCGGCGAGGUUCUUCUACAAUUCAAAAAGGUAGUUCCCUACAAUAUGAGAUCGCACGAGACGAUUGUCGACCCGGUGAUGCGACGGUGCGGCCUGAUAAGGACAGUUUGAUCCCAAAAUCGUCAGGAAGUACUACAGAAUCACUGCAUAAUAAUAAGACUGGGCAAGGACCUUCAGAUGUGUCAAAAUCGCAGCCACAACUUCAAGAUGAGGCAAUCUUCGAUUAUGACGACGAGCUAUCCAUCGGCUUACCGAGAGAACGAUACAAGCCCCGCCCAAGUCGCUCAAGGUCUCUCAAGACUGAUACUCAAGACGAAAUUGACUACUCAGUCGUACCAGAGCGAGCCAAGAAAGUAUCAGAGCGGCGAAAAACAGCAGAGAUCCCCAGCAGCGUCGAAAUACCAACCACCCCUCAAAAGAUUCAGCAAAUCUGCGACAUGGGCUUCACGCCAGACACAACCAAGAGAGCACUGAAACAUAACAGUGGUGACAUCACAUCAACUGUGGAUUGGCUAGUCACGAAUGGCAUUGGGGAAGACGAACUGGCCUCACACCCCAUCCCACGAAAGAAGCCAAUUACACCGAAGUCACAUGAUAAAGCAAUGGACCCAGAAGGACUGCAGGUCAUCAUGCGUGAACUGGAUGAAUAUCGCAAGGAGGACUCGAUACAUCCAGAAAACGAUGCUCCAGCUCUCACCACAACGGAUGGUACUUUGCACCCAAACCCCAUCGAUAAGAAGCAUGCGGUUGAGCAUAUAGACACAGUCCCAGUGAAGAGUCCCAAAGUCCAGGUCAUCAUCCAGAGCAAGUCUCCAGCCAAGACUCCAUCUGAUCUACAAAUGUCUUCGGGACCUCCAAAGAAAGGCUCGAAGCGAAGAAAGACCACCCUGGAUCAGCCAGAUUCGGAGCCAUCCACAGUAUCAUUGGAGCUUCCAAUGUUAUUAACAGAGAAGAAGAGAGGCAGAGGUCGCCCCAAGAAGGCCUUGGAGAAGCCUACAUCGAUUGAUGUAGUGCAAGAAACUGUACCACCAAAGUCAUCUGAGGAGCAGCAGCAACCUGAAGCGCUGCGGGCUGUUCAAGUCAACGUCGCUUCCGGAUCAACAUCUGCAACUGAUGUUGUAGUGGACGGUGCCUUUGUGGAAGGCAGCGAAGCACUCAUUGACGAGCCUUUGGCGCACGCUCAUAUUUUAGAACCCGAGAAAAAAACGUCGACAAAGCCGCAAACUUCAGAAACUUCAUUAAAGUCGCCGACACCGUUGAAUAGGGGGAAAGUGCCCUAUCGAGUAGGGUUGAGCAAAAGAGCAAGAAUUGCGCCAUUACUGCGCGUGCUUAAAAACGGAAGCUUCACAUGGCCACUGGGCAACAUUCCCGCCAAGGCUGCCAAGUGGAAGGCGAAUAGGGGCUCUAGUGCCUCAGAUCGGAAUCAGUCCCAUAUUCGAGUGAGUUCAACGGGGAUACUAUUUGCGGCAGGCUAUCGAUACAGCUCGUCAUUGAAAACCGCUAAUGAUUCUGGUUUUGGCGCUAUGGGAAGAGUUGUUACCAAUGAGAGACAUGCAACUCGCGUGGCGUCCCUGGUUGGCCCAUUACAAAUUUCAUUCUUUGUGAUAUCUCCAGGCCCGGCCUAUGACGCGCUCACUGAAGACGCCGUCCCAGUCCUUUGUGAUCUUGCAACAACCCCGCUCACUAUCUGCUCGUAUUCCGCCAGCCUUCUCCAGGCCACCAUCUUGGCUGGAGACGAUAGUGUGAUGAAUGCAAUGGCUAGUGAAAUCCAACCGCCUCUCUGCAGCAGCGCCAUGUCCGAGGUUCCUUCACAGUUUUUUGGACUGCCGAAAGACAUGAGGGCAAGGAACCCUUUUGCCGGUUACCAGGCAGGGUACACCAAUUUGCACAAAAGUGCUUUGCCCAAGCGCCAGGAAGCCAACCCAGACAGGUGUGGAAAGCAGGGUGGAGGAGCUGUUUGUGCUUCCAACAAAUGCUGCUCUGCUGAGGGAUACUGCGGAACGACAACCGAUCACUGCAAAGCCCCAGACUGUCAGUUUGAAUAUGGUAUUGCCUGUGAUGCAAACUAUACGCCUGCUGGAGCAUCCACUAGGAAUGAUCCUCGUCCUCCCAAGGGUUCUGUUCUCAAGGGUGGUGAGGGCAUUUGGUCUUGCAACACACCUGGAACUGUUGCCAUUACAUACGAUGACGGCCCAUACAUUUACACUGAAGGUGUGCUAAAGCUGUUCAAGGACGCUGGAAUGAAGGCCACCUUCUUCUUGACUGGCAACAACCUUGGAAAGGGAUCCAUUGACGAGAAAUGGUCUGGUGUGAUCAAGCAGAUGUAUGCUGAUGGUCAUCAGAUUGCAUCGCAUACUUGGUCGCAUCAAGACCUGAGCAUCAUUACCGAGGAGCAGGUCUACGACCAAAUGGUGAAGAACGAGAUGGCUAUCCGUAACAUCAUUGGCAAAUAUCCUACUUACAUGCGCCCACCCUUCUCUUCGUGCAGGGCCGACUCUUCAUGCCAGAAGGUCAUGGAAGCACUCGGAUACGUCAUCUCAUACUUCGAUUUGGACACUGCUGAUUACACGACCUUGGACAACAUUGCCGUCGCACAGGCCAACUUCAAGUAUGGCAUCGACAACAUCAAUAAUGAGAGCGUGAUGGGGGGCAACGGCGACAAGUUGGCGAUCGCCCACGACAUUCACCAGGCAACUGCCGUCGACUUGACAAAGUACAUGAUCGACUACCUCAAGGCGAACAACCUGAGGGGUGUCACUAUGGGAGAAUGUCUUGGUGAUCCCGAGGCCAACUGGUACCGUGACUCAACUGCGUCUCCCCCGAGAGUCAGCUCCACCAGUGCCUCUGCCUCCGCUGCUACCCCUACCGGCCCCGCAUCUGUUGAUGGUGCUUGUGGAACCAAGUCCACGGAGGGCAAGGGACAGUCUUGCAUUGGUUUCACCGGCCCUCUCGGUCUCAGCGAGUGCUGCUCUCAGUACGGAUGGUGUGGAAACACGGCUGAUCAUUGCUCCACCGGAUGCCAGGCUGGCUUUGGAAAAUGUGGUAAUAAUGAGAUCAAACCCACUGCUUCGUCCACCGCCAGCACCGCUGCUUCUUCCGCCAGCGUGAGCCGUCCACAGUCUUCCCCGAACGCGCAUGCAUCUUCAUCGAUUCCUGUCCAGACGACUUCCUCAUCUGCAUCACAGCCAACUGGCGCAUCUUCCAGCCACCAAGCUCCAUCAUCUACUCACGAGGCCGAAUCAUCAACGAUCUACCCCACUGGCUCUGCCUCGAAGGACACCACCCACUCAACCAUGUCCUACCCUGGAGAAUACCCUGUUGAAACCCCAGUCCACCCAUCCAGCAGCGCCACAAAUUUCUACCCCGUUGACACCCCCGUAAACACCCACACCCCCAUCUAUGAGGCCAGCUCCUUCUCCACUGCCAUUGUGAAGCCCAGCGCAACUGCCUGCAAGGCCCCCAAAGUCUCCACCAUGGCCCCUAAGCCCACUGACCCUGUCAGCAAGGACGGCAAGUGCGGCAGUAAGAACGGCGGGCACACUUGCGCCGGCUACAAGACGCCAUUUGGCGAGGAGAUGGGCUGCUGUUGCGUUACCAGCGGUAAAUGCAGCAAUGACCCUUGGGCUUGCAGCGCUGCUGGAUGUGAUAAAGGAUAUGGAAAGUGCAACGCUCACUAA